GUUUCGUCCGUCGCGUGCAGCAGCCGUCGGCCGGUCGCGCGAAGCCUCUGCGGCAGCAUGUUCUCGUGGGGACAGGACGCUCACCGGGGCUUCCGCCUCAAAGACGGGGCGAAACGUGACAGCGGGCCCGCCACGGACUCCGGGCUCCGCCGUUUGGAGCUCGGUUACCGCCUCGCCGGUCUGUCCGCGGGCCGCAGCGCGCUCGCCUUCGUCAAAACCAACGGGAACGCGUUCGUCGUCGUGAAGAAGCAGAGCGGAGGCGGGAAGCAGAAGUUUGUGAAGUGUAAAGAGAAGAUUCAGGCCGUGGGUUGCCAUGGUGAUGGUAAUGAGGUGAUGGUCCUGCUGCUGUCCGAGGAAGGAAAGCUUUUCUGUGUGGAUACUCACGCUUACAAUCCAAAGCCCCUGGAAGCUCUUUGUAACAUACCCGUGUCUCAGGUGGCUUGUGGGAGCCAGCACUCAGUGGCCCUCACCAAAGGUGGUCAGGUGUACACAUGGGGCCAGAACUCCAGGGGCCAGCUGGGUCUGGGGAGCAGUGAGACCUGCACCGACUCGCCCCGACGCCUGGGGGGUCUGUCAGCGCUCCCCCUGGUCCAGGUGGCAGCAGGGGGAGAGCAGAGCUUCGCCCUCUGCGUCUCCGGGGCCGUGUUGGGCUGGGGCCGAAACCACCGCGGGCAACUCGGGCUAGGGGACACAACGGACCGACACACGGCAACUGCUGUUCAUUGUCUGAACAAGAAGUCCACCAUUCACAUUUCCUGCGGAAAGGACCACACUGCCAUUCUGACAAAGAAUGGUGAUGUCUUCACCUUCGGCUCUGGUCAAUAUGGACAGCUUGGGCACAACUUAUUUGGCGAUGAACUACGACCUCGCCUGGUUGCAGAGCUCUGGGGGGCAAAGGUCACCAAGAUUGCUUGUGGAUGGCAUCACACAUUAGCGUUGACAGAGUCAAAGAGGGUUUAUUCCUUCGGCUGUGGAGAGCAGGGCCAGCUGGGCCACGGGAAGGAGAGUCAUCCGUCUGUGCCACUCCCUGUUCAACUGCUACAAGUCGCGACUGAUGCUCAAAUUGGAAACAUCUUUGCAGGGGAAAACUGUUCGUUUGCAACGUGCGCACCUACUGAGGGCGUUCACGAGGAGGCGAGCGACGACGCCAUCGGCAUCAAAACACAGCGUCGUCUCACGGACAUGAUUGACAAAUGGACCCUUGAAUACGAUUCAAAAACAUGGAAAAAAAUCAAAAAAAAAUGUCUUCACAGGGAAAUCCACAGGACGUUCUCCUCCGCUUCCUGUCUCAAUACAAUCUUCCUUGAGCAGAGCAAAGACAAACAUUUCCAGACUUCACCAAAGUAUUCAGGCUUGAAUUUGUCAGUUGCACGACUCUCUUUUGAGAAAUUGGUGAAACGGGACAAUGUUUUCGCCGAGGUUGAGGCUUCUCUCCUUGACUUGCUUCCUUCCCUUAAUAAGAAGCCAUUGGCAGUGGAGGGGUUGAGGAUCUACCUGCUUCUAAAUGAACUCUUGUUCGUGAUCCAGAGGCACAAACGGGAUGGAGCGAGCACAACUCUCGCCAAGGCGGUUGCGGCUUCCCUCCUAAACUUGUCUGUUGACAGUCUCCAGGUCAUAGGGGACUGGUGGUCCUCACUGCCGCUGUCCACCAUGGUUGAACAUGUAAACGUGUGGAAGCAGGCCCUCUCAGCGAUGCUGUCCUCAAUGAGUGUUUCUCACUACUUUGGAGCCAGAAACUUGGUGCUGGUCCUCCAGCAUAUGUACAACGUCAACAGCAGGACAGCAGAACCUCAAAAGAUGCCAGAAACUGACUUCUGUUUGUUGAUUGACAAAAAGUUUCUCCAGGAGGAUCUGUGUCUUUGGAUUCUUACAGAACUCAAGUUUGUUUUCCAUCCUUUUCAGAGCUUUCCUUCCCAGCCACUUAUCCUGUGUCGCUUUCCAUUUCUGAUGGAUCUCCAGUCAAAGAAAUUUGUUUUUGACUUGCAUGCUGAUAGCAGCAGGAUGAGAGCAGAGAUGCCUCAUAUGUUUUGCUGGUUCGCCCAGCCUUUGUCCUUUGACCUAACCCUGAGUCGAGCAUCCAUCCUAGAUGACACCUUCGAACAACUAUCUGGUGUGAAUCCUGAGGAAUACAAGUUACCACUUCUGAUUUAUUUUGAAGAGAACGACAUAGUUGAAAAUGAUCUUAAUCUCUACAAAAAGGACUUUUUUCACGAAGUGUUUCACGAGAUGAUGUCAGCUGAAUCUGGCAUGUUUAUGUUCAACGACUCCAAAACACUGGCAUGGUUCCCCUCCAAAGCAACAGAGGUGGACGAGAGAUACUUCUACUUCGGAGUUCUGUGUGGAUUGGCUUUGUACAACCGGUGCAUCAUACACUUACCCUUCCCACUGGCACUGUUCAAGAAGCUAAUCGGUGUAAAGCCAUCACUCAGUGACUUGAUUGAAUUCAGCCCGUGCGUUGGAGAGAGUCUGCUGAACAUCCUGGAAGACUACGAAGAUGACGACAUCCAAAAUCUCUACAUGGAUUUUGUCAUUCACUGGGAUGACAAAGAAGUUGACCUUGAUACUAAAAAUCCUGGAAAGCCACUGACUGGGCAAAAUAAGAAGGAGUUUGUGGAUGCCUACGUGAACCACGCCUUCAACACAUCGGUAGAUGGUGUGUUUCAGGAUUUCAAGCAAGGCUUCUUCCAGGUGUGUAACCAGGAUUUGGUGAAGCUGUUCCGACCAGAAGAGCUGCAGGAAGUGCUGGUGGGCAAAGACUUCCAUGACUGGGAAAAGCUGAAACAGAACACUGGUUAUGAGGGGGUGUACAGUACUACACCACCUCACCCCACCAUACAGAUGUUUUGGGAGGUUUUUGAUGAACUAACUGAGGAUCAGAAGAGAGCGUUUCUUUGGUUUUUGACUGGCUCUGAAAGGGUUCCCAUUCUUGGCCUGGACAAGAUCAAGAUGACAGUCAGAGUCCAAGAAGUUGAGGACCUCUGCUAUGACGAGUACUACCCUGAGACACAUACAUGUUUCUCAAUCCUGGAGCUGCCCAAGUACUCCAACAAGGAGAUCAUGCACACCAAGCUUACAGAGGCCAUGAGCAGCAAUAGAAAAAUCUACUCUGACUGUAUCUGAGCUAAACAGAGGACUUUUUUGUAAAUGGCUGAAUGAGGAGCAGCCUUUGUAGCUACUGCUUAUGUAACUGGGUGUUAGUAAACGCAACGAGCUUUAUAUUCUUUUAAAUAAAGAUGUGUGGUGGAUGUACAAUAAUAAAGAUAGUAUAAAUGUAUAAACUGUAUCUGUAUAUUAAGGGCUUUUUAUGGCAUCUUUCAAGGUAAUAAAGAGUGAUAGUUUGUUAUUUUGGGCCUAAAUGGGACAAAACAUAUUCCUUGCAAAGCAGCCUGCUCUCUACUGCAAGCACGUAAAUGUAAGAAAAUGUUUGUUACAUGCAAUGUUUUAUCAUUUUGGAGCAAUAAAAAUUGAAACUGGAAGAAAUCAA